UGUUUUUGUUCCCUAAUUAAUAACUCUUUGUAGAAGACCAAUAUCUUCUGGGUCUGGUUCAUCAAGAGUUUUAUGCUCAAAUUCUUUUGGAAAAAUAUUAAAGUAAUGACCUUUGCUGAAUAUUUUGUCAGAAUUACACUCAUCUGCCAAAACAAUUUUCUCUUCUCUAUAUCUUCGAUAUGAAUAAGCUUUCUCAAAGUUCAAGUAAUAUACCUCGCAUUAGAAUUUAGUAGCAUUAAUUUUCAUUAGAGUCAGGAUUUUGUAACCUGAGCUUUAAACCCUCUUAAGAAGUAACUAUAUGGGAGGAUAUACUAGUUCAAUAAAUGAGUACAAGGUUUUUGUUUCUCCUCCUCUUGAUCAGAAGCCAUAUCCAAAACAUGACAGAGUCAAGUAGAAUUUUUAAAGAUAAACUGUCUUCUGGUUUAGCAAAAAAAGGGAGUAUACUAAGUCUUUAUUUAUGGGCAUUGUAAAUAAACAAACAACUUAGAGUAGAAAUGAGCAUCUUAAUAUAAUUAAUCACACGAUCUAAAUUUUUAAAGAAGUUAAACUUGAAAUCCUGGGUUUCUUCUCUGGGAAUUCAAAUUAUAGAGUCAAUAAAAGUCAUGAGGAAUCACUGCGAACUUGGCUCAACUAAAGUCUCACUGAUCUGCAAUUGAACUUACUCUAGUUCUUUAGCAUUGUCUCUAGUAAUAGGCUGAGUUUGACUCUUCAUUUAUUCUUAUAAAGAAGUGU